UAUCUACUUUCUUCGCUCUCCAUAAAUUUCACUGCUUCCAAAAAUUAAAACCCUAAAAAUUCUCUUUUAUUCCUUUUUCCUAUUAAAUUAAUUGCAUCUAUAGCAAUGCAAUUUCUCAAUUAGCAUUUUUUACGAAGCAAAUUUUCUACCAAAAUACUUUUUUUUGUUUAAUUUUUACAUAAAUUACGUGUAUUGACAUAUAUUUUUUUUUAUUAAGAGAUCAAUAAUAAUUUGGGAUUUAUUGUAUUGUUUUUGCUUAGAUUUGUGUUAAUUUGUUUCUGUUUCUAACCAAUUUGUGCUUUUGUUUCUGGGAUUAGGGUUUUCUCUCGUUUCUCUGUUGUGGAAUUAGGGUUUUCACCAUCUUUUUGAUUGAAAGUUUCGGCUUUUAGUGAUUAUUUUGCACUGGUUUGUCAAAGUGAUUUUUUCACUUGGUGGCUAAGAUGUUGGAUUACCCUGUGCUCGAUAAUCGUCCAAUUAAUAAAUGGAAAGUAGCAGAAUUAAAGGAAGAGCUUAAGAGGAGGAACUUAGCAACUAAAGGUUUGAAGGAUGAUCUGGUUAGGCGAUUAAAUGAAGCUAUCUGUGAAGAAAUAGAAGCUGCGGAGGUUGAAGAGAGUAAAGAUGAUGAUAAUGCCAUUGAUCCUGCUAGUGGUUUUGAAGAUACUGAACCAGAGCCGGAUCCUGUUAAAUUGGUCAAUGAUUUCCUGGAGCAUCCCCAAAGUGAAGUUUCUAAGGGUUCUGAUCAUAAUACUGAUUCUGCCUAUGGUCUUGAAGACGCUCAACCAAAUAAUAAUCCUGCUAAAUUGGUUGAUAAUCUUCAGACACAACACCAAGAUGAAGUUAACGAUAUUGACGGUGAUUUUGCUAGGGCCAGCACCAAGAAUUGUCUUGUUGAAACAGACCAGAACAAAGUCUUUGAUGAGGUUGCAACUGGAGGUACUGGUGAUGCUGCUGGAGAACCAAAACAUUCGGAGGCACCUGUUGGUAGCACUAGUGUUAUAAAUGUUAUUGCAUCUGAUGUGCUUGCAUCUACUGAUGAAUUUAUUGAAGACAAACUUGAUAAGGAACACAAGGUUAUUGAUUCUUCUCAGGAUAAAGAUGUUGAUGAGGUAUCUAAUGUUGGGGAUGGUUCUAUUCCAGGCAGUGGCAAUAGACAGGAUGUUGAGGAUAUGAAAAUUUCAUCUUCUGAGGGAGUUCUUGAGGACAACCUUAGGAGACAAGAAAAUGAUGUGGAGGUAACCCCAGUAACACCCCAGGAAGCCUUGAAAAACAACAGCAUUAAGUUGGAUAAUGAGGGUCUGAAACUCUCAGGCAUGGAUGCUGAGCCAGAUAUGUCCAAUCCAGCCACUCAGGUAUAUGAGGUUGACCCUAAUUUAGGGUCUCAAGUAAAAUCUGACUCAUUUUCUACUGAUACUUUGCCCAUUAAUGAAAAUAAAGAUUUAAAUGAUAAUUUGAAUGCUGAUAAUGUCAAAUUAGAAACUGAAGUUGUUAGGCAAGAGAUGGAGCUGCAGUCAUCCAGCAAAGACCUAUCAGGUGUUGGUAGCUCUCAUCCAUUGGAUGUUCAGAUGCCACAUGAGAUGCAGGGUCUUGUUGGAGAAACUGACGACGACAGAUCUUCAGAUGUGAAAUUUAGCAUGAAAAAUGACAAUGCAGAUCAGGUUUCUGUUGACGUUUCCAAGGUAGAGCAUGGUUUGGAUAGUAAAACUUCAAAUAAUAGUGAGCAAACUGAUAUACAGUUUGAAAAAGCUAGAACUUUGAGUGAUGUUAUAGAGCCUAGUUUGUCACCAAAUAAAGUUGAGGCAUAUGCCGAAGAUAAACAUGGUCUUGCUGCUUCUGGCGAUGAUAGAAAAGAAUUUAGCAAGAUAACCGAUAUAGUGGAUGGUGAGAAUAUGGAAAAGAUAAACCUGGAUCAGUCUUCAGCUGAUGAUUCCAUGGAAGAGGAUGUAGUAGAGACAAAACAUGCGGAUUUUGAUCAUAUUUCUAAGAAGGAGAAUGAUAAGACUGAAGAGUCUAUUACGGGAAUGGCAGAAGAGCCCAAAGUUCCACCAGGUGGUUCUUCUGAUGCAAUGCAGUUAGACAUUCCUUCUGAGAGGGUUGUGUUUCUUCAAGAAACUAAUGUUAAGUCUCUUGAUUUGUCAGAGAAGAGAAAAUUUCAAGAAGAAGCAGGAGGUGGGAGUACAGAGCCUGCAAAAAGGCAGCGUAGGUGGAACACUGAGAGUGUGAAAACUGCUGAACCCCAAAAUUUAAGUAGUGCUUUAUCAAAGAAGGUUGUUCAGCCCAGCCUUAUCAAACCCAUCCUUGGCAGGACUAACUCUACAGUUGGUGGGGAUUCACCCAAGGAGCGCUCUGUACCGAAGUCUUCAAGAACAGCCACUACUUCUCUUAAAAUUGAGAAUUUUGUGCGGCCUUUUACGUUGAAAGCUGUGCAAGAGCUCCUUGCAAGAACUGGUAAAGUCUGCAGCUUCUGGAUGGACCAGAUAAAGACCCAUUGCUAUGUCACGUAUUCUUCAGUAGAAGAAGCCACAGAGACCCGAAAUGCUGUGUACAAUCUCCAAUGGCCACCAAAUGGAGGUCGUCUUCUGGUUGCAGAUUUUGUUGAUCCCCAACAGGUGCAAACCAAGAUAGAAGGUAAGGAACCUGCUUCUCCACCGAAAAUUACCAAUCCUGCUGUGCCUCCAGCUUCAUCCUCUGUUCAACCACCACCUACUCAGCAGCAGGGUCGCAAACAGCAAGCUGAGUCAGAACAUCCACCGACACUCCAGCCACCACCUCCUCCUCCUCGGGCUCCUCCAGCAAAUGAGAUGCUGCCUUCACCUGUUGCUGAUAAAAAUGAUCCCCCCAUUGUGACUUUGGAUGACCUCUUCAGAAAGACCAAAGCCACUCCCCGUAUCUAUUAUUUACCGCUGACAGAUGAAGAAGUUGCUAAAAAGCUUGCGAUUAGGCGAAAUGGUAAGCACUAGAGAUGUAAUUGAAUAAAGGGCAUGUUAGACGGAUCUGUAGAGUGUUAUUUUAGUGUAAUGCUGAAAACUGCAAGUUUGCCCGCAUAAAGAAGUUGCAGUCUAAUUUGUAGGUGAGUAGUGAGUUUCUUGAGGCUUGUUUAGACCUUCCUUUCUUUUCCAUUGUCGAUUUGUUAUUGCUUGCAGCUUAGGUUGCUGCAAGAAACAAAUCUUAACUGUAUUUUGCUUUGGGUUGAAGACUUCUAAAUGUGCAGAUUAUGUGGAAUCUGUGUGAGAGUCUUUACUUCUUUCUUUAUCCAGAUUUCUGGAGAACUAUUUGAAUAUUAAAGAUCUGAGUUGUUAUGAGAUCUAUUAUUUAGUGAUACCAAUGUACCGAAGCUGUUGAUGCCA